AUGACUCAGGUGAAGGGAGUUCAUUUUGGCCAGCCCCCUGGCCUCAUGCAGCCCUUCAGCAUCCCCGUUCAAAUUACACUCCAGGGCAGCCGGAGGUGCCAGGGGAGGGGCUACUCCAGAAAUUUAGUACACAGACCAGAACUUAUCAAAGCUCUCAGGCAGAGCAGAGAGAAGAAACUCAGGGACACUUAUGCAGAGCAGCGAGCAGAUGGAGAGGAGAAGUGGACAGGAGAAGACGGCAAUGGCAACUUCAUAAAUCAUAGUCGGCUGAGCCAUGGGUCUGGGAGCGCAGUUGGUGGGGUGCUGCCUUGCCCACAUGCGAAUAUGAAAGAACAAGACAAACCCUGCCGUUUCAGGAUGCUCUUAAUUCCAAAAGUGAAGCUUCUCAGUCAUGCUUACCAGACAGAAUCCAUAAGAGAAUCUUGUCUCAAUCUCCCCCAUCAUUUCCUCCAAAGGACAGCCUUUCCUACCUCGGUGAAGAAGAGAUAUAGAGACUAUAAGGACGGAGACCCACCAGAGGUGCACAGGAAGCUGCCCUCCAGUGCUGGAGAGGACAGAGCCAUGUUGCUAGGGUUUGCAAUGAUGGGCUUCUCCAUCCUAAUGUUCUUCUUGCUUGGAACAACCAUCCUGAAGCCUUUCAUGCUCAGCACUCAGCGCAAAGAGUCGAACUGCACUACCAUCCACACGCACAUCAUGGAGGACUGGUUGGACUGUGCUUUCAGCUGUGGCAUGGACUGCCAAGGCCAGGGGAAGUACCCAUGUCUUCAGGUGUUUGUGAACCUUACCCAUUCAGGUCAGAAAGCUCUGCUGCAUUAUAAUGAAGAGGCUGUUCAGAUCAAUUCCAAGCGUGAUGUUACAGACUGCAAAGUUAAAGAAAAGCAGACAUUGACAGUUUCUGAUGAGCACAAACAACAGGUGCAGUCACAGGCCAAACUUCCUGCUAUGAACAGCAAGACUGGGAAGAGGUCUUAAAUUUAGUGAUACUGUAUUAUCCUAUAUUCUUGAUAUAAUAACACAUGCAUC